AUGUCUAGUGCUUUACCAAAUACUGCUGCUUUAGUUUCUGGUUCAACAGAACCAGGUAAAUAUAUUCAAGUUCAAGAUAUUCCAUAUCCAAAAGCUACAGAAGAUCAAUUGAUCGUUAAAGGUUUAGCAUUUGCUAUUAAUCCAACUGAUUGGAAACAUGCUGAUUUUGGUGUUGGUAAAAAAGGUGCAGUAGCUGGUACUGAUGUUGCAGGUACAGUGGAAACUGUUGGUGCAAAUGUUCAAGGCUUUUCAAAAGGUGAUUUUGUUUCAGUUUUCUUACAUGGUAAUGUUGAUGAAUAUGGUGCUUUCCAAAAAUUUGUUGUUGCAAACCCAUCCACUACUGUUAAAUUACCUUCAAAAUUCCCUGUUGAUCCAUUACAACCUGGUGAAUAUCCAUCAAGUACAAUUCAAUCAUUUGAAGGUGCUUCCACUAUUCCAUUGGGUUUAGCUACCAUUGGUGUUUCAUUUGCUAUUGAAUUAAAUAUUCCAUUAUUACAAGGUUCAAACUCUAAUAAAUAUAUCUUAUUAUGGGGUGGUGCUACUGCUACUGGUAUUUUAGCCAUUCAAAUUGCUAAACAUGUUUAUGGAUUAAAAGUUUUAACAACAGCUUCUAAACAUAAUCAUGAAUUUUUAAAAUCUCUUGGUGCUGAUGAAGUUUUUGACUAUAAAGAUUCAUCUGCAAUUGAAGAAUUAUCAAAAUAUGAUAUUUCUUAUGCCCUUGAUGUUUUUGGUACAGUGGAAACUUUCCAACAAACUUAUGAUGCUACUAAAAACUCAAAAGAUGUUAGAUUAGAUAAUUUAUUUGCAAUUUUUGAUGAUAAAAUCAAAAAAGAUUCAAGAUCCGGUAAGGCAACUUUUGUUACACCAACAAUGUCAUACAUUGCUGUUGGACAUCCAGUUGAUGCGUAUGGAAGACAUUGGAAUCUAACUGAUGAAGGUUUCAACAGAUAUAAACAAUUUUGGUUUGAAGCUUUACCAAAAUAUCUUCCUGAAUUGAAACAUGCUGGUUUGAAAGUAUUGAAACAAGGUUUUGAAAAUGCUGAUGAAGGUUAUACUUUAAAUAAAGAAGGUAAAGUCAGUGCUCAAAAGAUCGUUUUCAGAGCUUGA